GUAGGUUAGAGCGGCUUGGUGGUCACAUCUUGGUGAGCGGUGAGGCGGGGAGGUUGGCUGCCAGUCUCCAGGAAGACAACGAGCAUCUUAAACACAGGAACCUGACUGAUCAACAUCAUUCAUGUUUAACAUGUCUGAGAGAUGCGGCCUGCCUAUUGACAGGUGCGUAUUAGGGACAGUGUUGCUGCUUGCUCUCUCUGGUAUCACUGCUGGUAUCACAAUGUUAUAUACUCAGGGCAACUCUCAACAUGUCCUUCUUCUCAUCUCCUGCAGCGGUGUUAUUUCCAUAUUAAUGGUGAUCGGAAUGUUCUUAUCCAACACUUGGGCUUCAAGGCACUUGCCGUCACCGCAGGUGGGGGCUCCUCCAGCCCUGGACCUGCCACCCACCUACCGCAACACCUGGAGACUCCAGUACUUUAGCAAGACUCCAAGAAACGUUUGGAUGGAAAUGGAGAACACGGGUGAACUAAAAAAUAAUAGCCUCUCCAGAGGAGAACUAAUGGAUACCUCACCAGACAUUAUUACUGGUCACGAUGGUGCCACGACUACAGCUUCAGUGUAUAUCAUCAGUGAGGGUCAUCUGUCUGGCACUACAGAACACAGAGCGUCAGAAUUUGGGGAGCAAACACGAAGCUACACAGUGCCUGCUGACGUUCAUAAUGCACAGAUAAACUCUCAGCGACAGAACAUUGGGGUUACCAUCGAUUCUGAUGAAGGUCUACCACGUUUUGAAGACUUGGAGUUAGGCUGAGUGGAUAAUUUUGGUUAGGUCGUAAAUCGCCUACUGAACAGCUCAACUACAAUCAGCCCUCUAUUGUCUUUUAGCUAAAUGCAAAGCUACUGACAGAUUGCUAUUAUCAUUAUGUACAUAUAUACAGAGAAGCGCUAAACCCGUAAUUCAUAUAGCCUCCCAGAGAAACAGGAACGAGAGGUACGCAGGUUUGAUCCAAUGAAGUGUAGGGUAGCUCCAGUUCCCUGAAUGAAGAGCCCUUGAUCGGCGUCAAAACACUUCUCUUGCAGGGAAUAAGCAGAUGGCACAGGAUCAUCGUCAAUAUUACGUCUUAAAUAACAUUAUUAUUAUUCAACUGGAAAGAAAAUAUCUUCUAAACACUGAAUGAUAACACAGGUCAGAGGAACUCGGUGACUAGUGAGGAUAAGUACGCAGGUCUUGAUAUCUCUGCGUGUAGAUAACCUAUAUUACAAGACCCAAAUGGUUACACUAUGUUUACUUUUAUCAACAUAUUUAUCAUUUAAAGUAGCACUUAGUACCGUAGCCAACGAAUAUACAGAGUUAAAAUUAAAUCCUUACUAACUUCUUUACUAGUAGUACUUACAUGGCAAGGCUCUUUCUUCACUACUUCAGCUAAAUGAAUGAUAUAUAUAUAUAUAUAUAUAUAUAUAUAUAUAUAUAUAUAUAUAUAUAUAUAUAUAUAUAUAUAUAUAUAUAUAUAUAUAUAUAUAUAUAUAUAUAUAUAUAUAUAUAUUCUAACCACGAACGAGAGUUGUAUUGAAUCAAUAACAACACUGCGACUAGCCGAGGAUUCGAACCCAUGUCGUUUUGGCCCACCCUAUGGUGAGCGAAAAUCACAUAUGACGCUCUAACCCACAGGAUCACGUAAUCCUACAAAAACCACGCACCCAGCGUAGCUAGGAGUUUUAUCGUGACCCGAGGACAUAUGGUGAUGUGGGUGCCUCUGAGCUAAUCUCAUUCUUCUCCCCGUUUAGUGUACUAGCCUCCACGAACAGUAUUUUAUAUUAAUGUAAGCAUAAACGAGUGGUGUUGAAUCAGUAACAACACUGCGACUAGCCGAGGAUUCGUCACAUAACCUUAAAUUAUGAGAAACUAAAACAUACAUCAGGUAAUGUCUGAUCUUAAUGAUAAUGUAGAAGUGAAUAUGUAUAGCAGAGUAUAUAUGUAAUAUCCAGCAGGAUGAACAAAUUAUCCUGGUGACUCACACUUUAGUCUCUUAGACAUACAAACAUUGUAAAUGUUAGUCCACCUAAUUACACACUAAAUUAUAUAAAAAUUUUAAGCCAAAUAUUUGUAAUUUAACUUCGUUAAUUGUGAACACUGUGUCCGUUUUUUUAAUAAAUCUUCAUUUUUCACA